AGGGGAGGAGAAGCGUGUGCAAGGGCAGGGACCAUAGCCACCUGCCGGGGCGCCCCCACCCCAAGAGCGCCCGCGCUGGCUCCCCCACCUCCCCCGCCCCCACCUCCUCGUUGGUGCUGGUCUGCAGCGCUCCGCUCCUGCGCCUUCGCUUCGCUUUUGAAUCUGGCUCGCCCCUCCGUAUUAUGUCUGCACUCCGCAGGAAAUUUGGGGACGAUUACCAGGUAGUGACCACCUCGUCCAGCGGUUCGGGCUUGCAGCCCCAGGGACCGGGCCAGGGCCCGCAGCAGCAGCUCGUACCCAAGAAGAAGCGGCAGCGGUUCGUGGACAAGAACGGCCGGUGCAAUGUGCAGCACGGCAACCUGGGCAGCGAGACGAGCCGCUACCUCUCGGACCUCUUCACCACGCUGGUGGACCUCAAGUGGCGCUGGAACCUCUUCAUCUUCAUCCUCACCUACACCGUGGCCUGGCUCUUCAUGGCGUCCAUGUGGUGGGUGAUCGCUUACACUCGGGGCGACCUGAACAAAGCCCACGUUGGCAACUACACACCCUGCGUGGCCAAUGUCUACAACUUCCCCUCUGCCUUCCUCUUCUUCAUCGAGACCGAGGCCACCAUCGGCUAUGGCUACCGAUACAUCACCGAUAAGUGCCCCGAGGGCAUCAUCCUCUUCCUCUUCCAGUCUAUCCUGGGUUCCAUCGUGGACGCCUUCCUCAUUGGCUGCAUGUUCAUCAAGAUGUCCCAGCCCAAGAAGCGCGCUGAGACCCUCAUGUUUAGCGAGCACGCGGUGAUCUCCAUGAGGGACGGGAAACUCACGCUUAUGUUCCGGGUGGGCAACCUGCGCAACAGCCACAUGGUCUCCGCGCAGAUCCGCUGCAAGCUGCUCAAAUCUCGGCAGACACCUGAGGGUGAGUUCCUUCCCCUUGACCAACUUGAACUGGAUGUAGGUUUUAGCACAGGGGCAGAUCAACUUUUUCUUGUGUCCCCCCUCACAAUUUGCCACGUGAUCGAUGCCAAAAGCCCCUUUUAUGACCUAUCUCAGCGAAGCAUGCAAACUGAACAGUUCGAGAUUGUCGUCAUCCUAGAAGGCAUUGUGGAAACAACUGGGAUGACUUGUCAAGCUCGAACAUCAUAUACUGAGGAUGAAGUUCUUUGGGGUCACCGAUUUUUCCCUGUAAUUUCUUUAGAAGAAGGAUUCUUCAAAGUUGAUUACUCUCAGUUCCAUGCAACAUUUGAAGUCCCUACUCCACCUUACAGCGUGAAAGAGCAAGAAGAAAUGCUGCUCAUGUCUUCCCCUUUAAUAGCUCCAGCCAUAACUAACAGCAAAGAAAGGCAUAAUUCAGUGGAGUGCUUAGAUGGGCUCGAUGACAUUAGUACAAAACUUCCAUCAAAGCUGCAGAAAAUUACUGGAAGAGAAGACUUUCCAAAAAAACUCUUAAGGAUGAGUUCUACAACUUCAGAAAAAGCCUACAGCUUGGGAGAUUUGCCCAUGAAACUUCAACGAAUAAGUUCAGUUCCUGGAAACUCAGAAGAAAAACUGGUAUCAAAAACCACCAAGAUGUUAUCUGAUCCCAUGAGUCAGUCUGUGGCUGAUUUGCCACCAAAGCUUCAAAAGAUGGCUGGAGGAGCAGCCAGGAUGGAAGGAAAUCUUCCAGCCAAAUUAAGAAAAAUGAAUUCUGAUCGCUUCACAUAACAAAACACCCCCUUAGGCAUUAUUUAAUGUUUUGAUUUAGGCAUAGUCCAAUAUUUGGCUGACGAGAUAAUCCUCCCUAAGAAAUUUGAAAGGUUCAUUUUACCCCAGUUCAAUAAACAUAUUUGAGAACUCUCCAUUCCCAAGAACAGCAACUGUGCAGAGAACAAAGUUAUGAAGGGAGGACAUCAUGAGGAAGUUAUUAAUGGGCAUGUAUUAUCACAUCAAGCAUGCAAUAAUGUGCAAAUUUUGCAUUUAGUUUUAUGGCAUGAUUUAUAUAUGACAUAUUUAUAUUGUACAUUCUGGAAAAAUAUAUAUAAAUAUAUAUUUAAAGAGGAGGUACUCUCCCCAUCAUUUCUAAAAUAUGUAUUAAGCCAAACAUGAGUGGAUAGCUUUCAGGGUGAAAAAUUACACACACACACACACACACACACACACACACACACACAUAUUUAUAUAUACAUACACAUACAUAUAUAUCUGAUACAAUUGUGAUGUUUUGUUCAAAGCUGUAGUUCUUGUGCAUGUUUACUUUAUUAGAGUAGAAAGGCUACUGACAUUAAUUAUUAAUACCAAAUAUUUUAGCCUUAAAUUAUUUGUCAUUUAAAACUCUCAUUUGAUGUUUUUGCUGUUUAAGGUCAUAGGAGGUUUUCAAUUGUACUUUAUCAUGAGAAAGUCAUGCAAGUUUAUACUAUUUAUGGCCUUCCAAAAGUAUAAUCAUAUGGUUAACUUGUUAAUUUUUGAGCAUUCCAAUACAUGAUAUAUCAUUAAAAUUUUCCAUGAUUUUUAAAAAUUGCUAGUACUGGGGGGAAAUAAAUGUUGAUUAAUUUGAGAAUUUGUGCGCUCCUGGGCUAAUUAAAAUCUCUAGAACUUCUCUUGAAUGACCUAAUAUAAAUGUGUGCUCUGAAAAAAUGCUCAAUUAUUCUAACAGUAACCAGGUUAUAUUUGAAUAUAUCAGAAUCUACAAAAUUGCAUAGUUAAUGAGCUCUAUUUCAAACUAAUUCAAUUGGAAACAUAUUUAUUCUUCUGGUACUUUUGUUCGUUAAAAUAAACCCAAAAUUUAUGUUUAAGGAGACAUGAUAAUACUACAACAUAGAUGAUAAAUACUUAUGCUUAAAAUAUGUAUGUCUAUUUGAGUCUCUUUUUUAUGCUGUUCUCUUGUUUAUGGCAUUUGUUGUGAGAGGAUAGACUUUUUCUUCAACUGGAAAUCCCAUCCCAGGCAUGUCACUUACAGUUAAGAAGGAGUGUUUUAACAGACCUGGAGAAAUUAAAAUGAAAUGGGUUGAAAAUAUAUUACACAAUUUUUUGUGAAUAUUGAUUUUAUUGGUGUUUGGAUCUAUAGUUUACUCAGAUAAUUUUAGCAACAUUAUUUUUCUAAGCCAAUUAUCUAAUAAUAUUCACAACUCGUUAGUAGAAAUCAAAGCUGUUGAUCAGUAGAAAAAGCUUUGGAAUACAGAGACGCUUAUAAAGUUGUAGAAGAGCUUCUCAUCAAUAUACUAUAACUUUUUCUAUAAAGCUUCUUCAGGCAUUGCAAUGUAAGUAUACCCACAAUCAAUCCAGUUCUCAUUGAUAUAAAAAUCACUAAUGGCUGGUUUGAGGUACCAUCAUUUCCUAUUUAUAGCUACCUAAUAAUAAUUUUAUUAUUGGCAAAUUAUUACAUCGACAAUUCCAUUAUUAACUACAAUAAUAUCUUCUGGCUACCUCUGUAUCAACCAAAUUCUGUAGGUGCAAACAUAUACCAGGGAAUCAUUACUGGCAAAAUGAUCAGUUUUUAGCAUUCAUCCACUGCAAACAGAGUGCUUGUCCCAUCCCUUCGUCACCAAGUUUUCUUAUUUCCUGGAUAUAGGAAUGCAAUAGAAUUAGAAAAAGGGACAAAGGGCAUAGUGUAUGUAUUAGCAGUGGUAGAAACUGCAUAGAUCAUUUAGUCCAACACCUUAAAACUAAACAGAGCCAUAAUUCACUUUGGAGAGUCAUUGUAAUUUGUUUUUGGUACAAAAAGGAAGAACCAAAAACAAACUCUCUGAAUGUAUUCAUUCAUUCAACAAUAUCUUUGCAUGCCUUCUAUGUCCUAAGCAUUGUUUAGUUCCUGGAGAUUUGAGCACGGCUAUUUCUUAGGAGGAAAUUCUUCAUGAACAGUGCAUGCCAGUAGGAGAGUAAAGUUAAAUGAAAAGACAGGGACAUAGUGGAAAAUAUAGAAUAAGAGUUAAUUAUUUUGGAAGAAGUGACUAGCUUAGGGAGGUGGGUAAUAUUUGAACAGAGACAUGAAAAUGAGAAAGAGCUACUGUUGCCCAAAUUAAUUAAUGCAAGUGAAUGAUAUUAUUUUUCUUUUUCCACGCGUGUGGGAAAGGUAUGAUUUCUGCAUGUAAUUGCAGUUUAACCCCUAUUUCAAAGUUUCAGUCUGCCCAGGAAAAUUCCAGUUUAUAUUUGUUGUACUUGUGUAAUUAGUAGCAAUCCUUUCACUAUUACAAUGUCUUGGUUUGGAUGAUAUAUGGUAAAGUUUAUGUUCAAACUCAAUUAUGAAGUAUGAUAUAUUUGGAUAAAAAUAAAGAAUUUCUUUUCUUCUU